AUCCUGUGAUGACACUACUGCCGCCUGGGCAGGAAUUGAAUGUGGCCUAUUUGAUGGAGGAGCGCAAGCAGCGCAUCGACAAGGAUCCCAAUGCGCCGCCCUUCGACGACCUGCGCAAUUUCACGUUCGAGGGCAGCGGCAGCAUUGCCGAAUCGCUCAGCUCGUUGGCAUCAGGCACCGACGAUGAGAAUCAAGACUUUAACUAUUUACAAAAUUGGGGUCCACGUUUCAAUGCCCUUGCCGCGAUGUACGUGCAUGAUAAAGCGAAAGCCAAACAGCAGCAACAGCAGCAGCAACAGCAGCAGCCAUCGCCUUCUCAAGUGGGCGUGGACAAUGCGUUGGCCGUGGUUGCAACGGGCAGCGGUGCUGGACCGGGCGGUGGCAGUGGUGCAGCUCUGCCAAUUCAAGCCAACACGACGGAAGUCGGCAAAGUUGUAUUAUAAAAAUAAAUAGUUAAGUUGUAGCUAAAAAUGAUGUUUCAGCUGUAAGCGUAAUGCCAGGAUAUGGAAACGGAUGUGGAUGUGGAUUGUGCAGCAAUUUAAGCUCAACUAACAAAACUUAAGUAUUCCAUUUAUACAUCUGUAUAUGUGUCUGUCUGACUGUCUGUGUGUCUGUGUGUCUGAGUGUCAGUGCGUGUGUGCAUGUUAGCCUAAGUUAGUUCGUAAGCCAGAAAUACGAAUUAAACUAAAGCAGAGCCUUUACGUGUACUACUACUACUACUACAACUUCUCCAUAGAUAUUCACAAAUAGCAAAUAAUACAUAUAAAUAGCUAUCGAAAAUACAUAUACAAAUAAAAGUCAAAAU